CUCCCCCCUCCCACCGCGACGGUGACGUCACACGCGAAAGCGCGGGAAAAGUGAGACCGGGCCGCAAGCCUGACAGGGCGAACGAAGUUAAAGACUCUCCCUCCCCCCCUCAUUACUUUACAUUACAUUACUUAACAACUUAAACAUUUAGCACGCGCGCGCGCCGACAAUGGGAAUACACGGCCUCACCAAGCUCAUCGCGGACGUCGCACCCGGAGCCAUGAAGGAAAACGACAUCAAGAGCUACUUUGGUCGCAAAAUCGCCAUUGACGCGUCGAUGAGCAUCUACCAGUUCCUGAUCGCCGUGCGGCAGGACGGAAACACUCUUACCUCUGAGGACGGAGAGACAACCAGCCACCUGGUUGGACUCUUCUACCGCACGAUCCGCAUGAUGGAGAACGGCAUCAAGCCCGUGUACGUGUUCGACGGGAAACCUCCUCAGCUCAAGUCGGGAGAGCUGGCGAAGCGAGCGGAGCGCAGAGUGGAGGCCGAGAAACAGCUGGUGGCAGCUGAGGAGGCUGGCGAAGUGGAGAACGUGGAGAAGUUCAGCAAGCGGCUGGUGCGCGUCACACGGCAGCACAAUGACGAGUGCAAGCGGCUGCUGCGGCUCAUGGGCGUCCCCUACGUGGAGGCCCCCUGCGAGGCGGAGGCGAGCUGUGCCGCGCUGGUGAAGGCCGGCAAGGUGUUUGCCACGGCCACCGAGGACAUGGACGGGCUCACGUUCGGCACCGGGGUCCUGCUUCGCCACCUGACGGCCAGCGAGGCCAAAAAACUGCCCAUUCAGGAGUUCCACUUCACGAAGCUUCUGGAGGAGAUAAAGCUUUCACAUGACGAGUUCAUCGACCUGUGUAUCCUGCUGGGCUGCGACUACUGCGAGACCAUCAGGGGGAUCGGGCCCAAGCGGGCCAUCGAGCUCGUGCGACAAUACAAGCGCAUCGAGGCCAUCCUGCAGCACAUCGACACCAAGAAGUACCCCGUGCCGGACAACUGGCUGUACCAGGAGGCUAGGCAGCUGUUCCUCAAGCCCGAGGUGGUGGACGCCGAGGAGGUGGAUCUGAAGUGGAACGAGCCUGACGAGGAGGGACUGGUGGCCUUUAUGGUGCAGGAGAAGCAGUUUAACGAGGACCGCAUCCGGAACGGAGUGAAGAAGCUUCUGAAGAGCAAGCAGGGGACGACGCAGGUGCGCAUGGACGACUUCUUCAAGAUCACCGGCUCAAUCACCUCCGCCAAACGCAAGCAGCCGGAGCCCAAGGGCUCGGCCAAGAAGAAAUCCAAGCCGGCCGCGGGCGGGAAGUUCAAGAAGGGAAAGUGACCCGGAAACUCGGCGGCACGCGGCGACGCACUCCGCCAUUCCGAACCUCGCGUCGUUCAUUUUAUUUAGUGUAACUCAAAGAGACCGGGAGAAUCUCAUUGAGCAAGAGUGACCUGGGCCAUUAGUCUGCCAGUAGGGGGCGGGGCGGGGAAUGCCAUGAUUGCAGCUGCUGCUGUGUUGUGGUUCAGUCCCCUUCGAGUGACUUUGCGGUGUCGUUUUUUCGAUUUCGGCGAAGAUUGGACCGUGGCACCGGCAUGCGCGAUGGCCCCCUCCUGCGAAUCACGUUGAAUAUUACACAACGCGGUGUUUAUCUUGAAUAUUACACAACGCGGUGUUUAUCUUGAAUAUUACACAACGCGGUGUUAAUGUUGAAUAUUAAACAACGCGGUGUUAAUGUUGAAUAUUACACAACGUGGUGUUAAUGUUGAAUAUUACACAACGUGGUGUUAAUGUUGAAUAUUACACAACGUGGUGUUUAUCUUGAAUAUUACACAACGUUGUGUUAAUGUUGAAUAUUACACAACGCGGUGUUUGUCUUGAAUAUUACACAACGCGGUGUUUAUCUUGAAUAUUACACAACGUUGUGUUAAUGUUGAAUAUUACACAACGUGGUGUUAAUGUUGAAUAUUACACAACGUGGUGUUAAUGUUGAAUAUUACACAACGUGGUGUUUAUCUUGAAUAUUACACAACGUUGUGUUAAUGUUGAAUAUUACACAACGCGGUGUUUAUCUUGAAUAUUACACAACGCGGUGUUUAUCUUGAAUAUUACACAACGCGGUGUUUAUCUUGAAUAUUACACAACGUUGUGUUAAUGUUGAAUAUUACACAACGCGGUGUUUAUCUUGAAUAUUACACAACGUGGUGUUAAUGUUGAAUAUUACACAGCGUGGUGUUAAUGUUGAAUAUUACACAACGUGGUGUUAAUGUUGAAUAUUACGCAACGCGGUGUUAAUGUUGAAUAUUACACAGCGCGGUGUUAAUGUUGAAUAUUACACAGCGCGCUGUGAAUCUUGAAUAUUACACAACGUGGUGUUAAUGUUUAAUAUUACACAACGCGGUGUGAAUCUUGAAUAUUACACAGCACGGUGUUAAUGUCGGAUAUGACACAGCGCGGUGCGAAUCGGGGCAGCCCCACUGGAUUUUAAACCGUGAACCUCUACCAGCAAGCAAGCGGGGUGAAUGUGCUGCUGCAUCUGGGUCACGUCGCCUUCCCCCGGACUCAGGACGUCGUCGUAGCGACGGUUCAGAGCGGGCGCAGUAGCAGCGUCGCUUAUCCGACCGUCACCCGUCCGCCUGACCAAUUUAAGCCGCCUGCACCCAGUGCAGGGCAUGACUGCCGCUCCGUGCGGACGUUCACGUGUCCUGACCUUUCCACAAAUCCGCCCGCACAAGUCGGCCGCGUGCGACGUCGUGCUGCCCUGCCAACUCGCUACACCUGCCCCCGUGGCGCACGCUGCACGAGCAAUUGCGCGACUAUCCAAAAAAAAAAACACGAAACGUUGCUUUUUUUUUUCCUCCAAAUGCUCGAGCACAGCAUCCGAAUAUAUUUUUGCCCCCCCCCCCCCCCCCCCCCAUCAUUCAAACAGUGGCGCAAGUCGUGCGUAUGUUCGUGUUAAACUUCUUUCACACCGUACGUAGCCAACCGCGCUCGCCGUAGUUUCCUUAAACUUCCCUGCCCCUUGCCGCCCGUCCACCCAGCGGUCGAUGUACGUACGCCCCAGUCGAUCGGUACGGAGGUCCUCCAUGGUGGGUUAGAGUGUGGGUUUGCCUACCGCCUCGACCAAGGUCUCUGGCCCGCGUGGAAGAGUUGGGCCACGGACCCUCGAGAGCGGCGUUCUCCAUUGCAAGGCCUCGCGGGCCACUGGGCGGCCCCCGGUGUUCUUUAGCGCGGCCCUUGACGUGCGGCCCCCCCCCCCCCCCGACAAUACGCAGCAUUGCGUUAACGUCUUGCAUGCACUGUGGCGGCCCUCGCACUUCUGAUAUCUCGUCGGCGACGGUGGCUCCCCCCCCCCCUUCCCCCGCCCUCUGACAAUGAGUGAGGAACACUGCUCUGGAGCUCCUUCGAGUGGAGGCCCUUGUGCCAGUAGUGGUGUAAGCAAUUGCAGGACCUGCGCCCUUCGCACCGUGCGUCGCCAAACGUGAUAACCGGAGUUUGUCGGGAUCCCUGGUGGUUUGGGAGGCCGUGCGUUAUGAAUGGGGCUCCUUUCACGUGUCUCCGGGUGAUUAAGACGCACCGGAAAGUAAGACCCGCUCCAAUUUUGUGCUUGGCGUCAAAAUUAUACAGAUCUCCUCACAAAGAUCCCCCGUGUAGCCUUAACAGACUGUUGGGGCAAGUGCUGUUAGCGAGCAGCACCUACGAAGGCCGGCACGGCGCACGAGGGGGAGAGUGGCCAGCACCACGCCCGGACGCCUUUGUCUCCCCAGUGGCGAUGUUUACCCACCCCACCAGGUAAUAAUUUGAUGCGUAAUCGACCUAGAGGAGGCCCAGAGCCGCUUCAGAUAAUCGUCACUCGCGUCGGUCGUGAGCAGGAAUUGAACUCUGGACGCAGGGAUUGUCGCACGGCCGCGCUAAUCACUGCACCGCCGCUCCCCACACACGACACAUUGACACACCAUCCACAUCAUGGCUCAAGCUGAUUUUGUGUAACCAGCUGAGAAGUCGAGAAGAGACCGUGCACCGGGGUAGAAAACGUCUCAUCUGCAAGAGUGACCCCCGGGGUUCACCGAUACAACAAAAGGCAAAUUAUUUGACGACAGUUGACACGCAUGAAGCACGCAACGUGUGCAUACUACCAACAGCAACAACAACAACCACGAAGUGGCGGUGACGUCCCCACGGCGUCUGUGCCAGGCUAGGUGCACGUUGAGGGCACGUGAAGUGUCGACCGCCCGCUGCCAGGAUGGUCACAGACCCAGGCAGGUGCCGUGGGUCGACUGACCGAGAUGGCUGGAAGAUGCACUCAACCUGUGCCCCCAACCACAUUAUAAGACGCACCGCCAAACUUUUAACUUCACAUGCAGGGGAAGCGCGCGUGUCGUGUGCGUGGUCCGGAGAAUGCGGCUCCCCGUCGCGGAGGGCACGCAAGACGGGAGUUGUUGGGAGCCUGCCAUGGGAAAUCUUCACCCCCCAACUUUUGUGUUUUUUUUUAACAAAAGCGCAUUGAUGCGCAGAUAAUUCAAUAAAGACACCACCACCGUCAUCGUC